UGAUGACGUGCCAAUGGUACCAUAUGACCGUGAUUCCCAGAAAUGUAGUCGAUAAGCAAUCCUUUAGUAGUAUUUUCUUUGAUUCCAAAACAUCAUGGGCAAGUUCCGUAGUAAAUUGAAGGGCCAAAGCAAAGGAAAACGAUGGGCUAAAGGCCAGAGUUCCAGCUCGAACCCUGAAACUCAUAGGUACAGAGAUCAAGCCAGAGGCAGAUUUUUCCAGGAGAAUUUAGGGCCUAGCUCUCUUACUGCAGAUAAACUUAAAAAACAUGAUGCAUUGCAGUUAUUCAAAGAACCCAAACCUAGAGAUGUUCCUAUGGACGACAUUAGUGAUGGUGUGGAAUCUGAGAGUAGUUUUGGGGGAUCUUAUAGUUCCAUGCAAUCAUUUGCCUCCGAGUGGUCUGAAUGUAGUAACAUGUCUUAUGGAAAAUUUAUGAAAAGUUUUCAUUCUGACUCGGCCUUGCAUAAAGAAAUGCUUGCAAUUCUAGCGGCUAUUACUGAAGUUAUUAAGCAAAACGGUGGAACUGAGUCUUCAACAGAAUAUUAUUGCUCACUUUUGACUACUCUAGAAACAAUUUACAACAGUGAAGAGAAAAAUGAAGAUCAAAUUACUGCUGUCUUAGCUUUAUUGAAUAUGGGCAUCAAAUCAGUGCCUGAUGCUGUAUUGAGAAAAAAUUUCAAUGAUGUCACUCUAAAAAUGCUUCAUGUCCUAAAAGAUUUUGCUUCUGCUGAAAAUAAUGUGAUAAUAAAAUCCACUAUAGGAAUUCUGCAAGCAGUUUUGAGAGCUCAAGAACUGGCUUUAUGGAGUCACGAUCUCACCAAGCAAAUAUUUAAUGCUAUUUUAAAUCCUUUCUGCAUUCACUCUAAGCCAAAAUGGCGUAAAGCAGCCCAACAUGCUGCUGCUGCUAUAGUUAAAUCAGCAUGCUUUGAAAAUGCUUCAGUUAAUGCUGCAGCUGAUAAAUGUGCUGAAUUUUGUCAAGGCAUUUUGGAGAAUUGUAUUGGAGGAGCUUCAGGAAAAAUUGCUGUUAAUUCUAUACAGUCAGGACAAACAACUAUAUUGCACACAUUGGGCUUACUUAAAGAAACUAUACAAAGUUUUUCAAAGAGUCAUAUAAAAAAAUCUUGUGAAACUAUAUUGAGACUAAUGACUUUAAAUUAUCCCAUAGUCACUUCUUGUGGCUUACAAGUAUUACACUCGCUAUUCUCAGCGCAAAAAUCUGUAAUUUCAAGUGAUUUGAACACAAAACUUAUAGCAGCACUUUAUGAAUACCAGCCAAGCAAUACUGACGUACAACCCACAUUAGCUUGGGUUUUAGUGAUGCAAGAAGCUCAUGUUCAUUUAGCCGACGUAGAUAUUGCUAUGGCCAUAAAGUUAAUGCCUAAAUUUUUUAUGAAUGUUACCCAAAUGUGGCUCAGUGGCCGCGCAGAAGUUAUGACAGGAGCUACACAUUGUCUAGAAGUGCUUUUGAAAGAUGCUCUUGGCCCAGCAUGUGAAUCUCCUGAAUCUGUCAAGCAGCACCUAUCGAAGUUGGAAAAAUGCUUCAACGUUAUACAUUCGAGCUUGAGUUAUCAAUAUAAUGUUGCUUGGCAUCAAGUUUUGCACGUUAUUGGUGUUAUGUUUGAAGUUGCUGGAGCUUAUUGUAGCAAUAUGUUUGGAGAAACUUUGAAAAGUCUAGCUGAAUUGAGAGAUUCUUAUAAGUUUAGCUAUAACAAUGAGUUAGAAUAUGCUGUUGGUGCAGCUAUUCGUUCAAUGGGUCCAGAAAAAGUACUGGAAAUCAUUCCACUGAAAAGGGACAACGGUGAACUGAACAUUGAUAGAUCAUGGCUCCUCCCAGUUUUAAAAGAAAACAUUAAAUGUUCUACUCUGAAUUACUUCAGGGAAAGCAUAUUUCCUUUGGCAAGAUUUUGUCAGCAGAGAGCCACUGAGUUGGCGCAAGCGAACAAUGGUAUUGGAGCUCACAGCAGUGAACUUUUGUAUUUACAGUUGUGGAAUUUGUUGCCUUGCUUUGCCAAUCAUCCUACUGACAUUAAGAGCGAGUUUAAGAGCAUGGCGAAACUUUUAGGUAUGGCGAUUUCUGAUAGAAAAGAGCUCCGUCUCUCAGUUAUGUCAGCUUUAAGAAAACUGAUUCAAGGAGCCAAAGAAAACGAAAACAAAGAAGACCUCGAAGAAAUAUCACGUUUUGACAAAAACUAUCUUCCGAUUCUUUUCAACGUUUACACAACCAAACCUAUUGGUUCUGACGAAGAAGGCCAACGUCUUGCUUCACUAGAAACGAUUAAAAUGUAUUUAAGUAUUGCCAGACCUGAGUUGACUCAACAAUUGUUCACUAAUGGUUUGGAGAGGCUUAAUGCCUCUAGUGACGAGCCUGAAGACCAUUUCAUCAAAGAAUCAAUUCUGGAUUUAAUUAGAGCCUUGAUUCCAUAUCAGACAGCUGAAAGUAUCGAAACAAUAUAUCAACAAUGUGUUAAAAAUCUUCCAGAGAUUAAAAAUAAUAAGGAACAGAAAAAAGCUUAUAGAAUCCUAGAAGAGAUUGUUUCCAGCAACUCAGAAGGCUGCAAAGAAUUUAUCAAAAACAAUAGAAAAGCCGUUCAAUAUUUGCUAAGAAAAAGUUUAGAAUCUGCUGCAAUUUCAAGUAAAGGUGCCAGGCUAAGGUGUUUGAAUUAUUUGAUUAAAUCACAACCUAAUUUAGACCACGAAAGUAAAUUAAUCCAAUCAGUAAUACCUGAAGCUGUAUUGUGUUGUAAAGAUAUCAACGAAAAAUGCAGACAAACCGCUUAUGAUUUAUUGAACACUAUUGGAGAAAUUCUAUUGACCAAAAACCAAAUGCAGGAGUACCUUAUAAUGCUCACUGGAGGCCUUGCGGGAACCCCACAAAUGAUUUCAUGCACAAUUUUAGCUUUAGCUUCAGCAUUGCAUAAUUUUUCUGGAGCUUUAGGACAAUCAAACAUCAAAUUAAUUUUGGAAAAUGUUGCUAAGUUGGCUAGUUCUACCACAAGAGAAAUUGUAGCUACAUGUCUCAGUUUCAUAAAAGUUUAUUGUACCACUUUGCCUAGUUUAAUGGUUCAAGUUUCAUUGGAAAAUGUUAUGAAAGCGCUAACAGGAAUGACAGAAGAUUGCAAAAGGCAUUUUCGAUUGAAAGUGCGAGACAUUUUGGAUAGAUUAGUGAGAAAAUACGGGGCGGAAAGUAUUACCCCUUUUGUGCCUCAAAAUGAUCAAAUUAUGUGUAAAAGAAUUAAAAAUUUGAGGAAGCUAAAUGACAGAAAACAAAAAAUGAAAAAAGACAGAAAGGAAAAAAUUAAUGAAGAUGAAGAAGAUAAUAUUGAAGAUUUCAUUGUUAAAUCCAAACCAAAAUCGGUAGAAGAAAUUUUGGCUGAUAGUGACUCGGACUCGGACAAUAUGGAUUAUAAAGAACCAAAACCAAAAAAUAAGCAAGCCAAAACAUGGAUUGAAGAAGACGCCGACACUAUUGUAGAUUUCAUAGAUCCUUCUACAGCGAGUAAAAUUAGUGCUACAAAACCUAGUCAAGCUCUAGCCCAGCUACAAGCCAAAAAACCUAAAGAACAAAAUAGAGGCUUCAAAACUUCCACAGAUGGGCGUCUUAUUAUUAAAGAUGACAGUGACGAUGAAGACAGCGAUAAUGGAAAAAGUAAGUUGAAAUCUGAUAGUUCCGAUAGUGAAGAUGAAGCCGCUAGUGUAGCUGAGACAUUGCUUUUGGCCAACCGUAAAAGAAAACGCGCUAGUUCAGUUAAAAGUGGGUUUAGUUCUGUUUCAACAGCUCCACCAUCAAAAUAUAAAACUGGAGGAAUAGGAAUUCAUAGACCCACGACUUCAAGUGCCUCGGUCAAAAGUGGAUUUUCGAUAGGGAGUGAAUAUAAAAGCAAAAAAGCAGCAGGAGAUGCCAAGAAAAAGGGCAAAAAGCUGGACCCUUAUGCUUAUGUUCCUUUACAGAGGAGUAAUUUAAAUAAAAGGAAGAAAGCCAAAGGGAUCGGACAGUUGAAGGGUAUAGUUAAAGGGGCUAAAAGUGGAGCGCUUAAAGGGGCUAAAGCAAAGAGGAAUAGAAAAAAUGCUUUGUAAUUUAUUAAUUAUUAUUAUUUUAUUUUAUGAAUAAUUUUUUGAUGUUGAAAAAGGUUGAAUUUGAAACAUAUUGUUGCCUAAUAAAUUUAUAUUGAAUUAUU